AGACCCACGUGCGCCUGCCCGCCCGUCCUGACCGGGUCCUCCCUCCUCCCCGCAGCCAUCGCGAGAUCCUGGGCCACUUGCCCUUCCUUCUCCACCGUCUACUUCCUCUUCAUCAUCUUCGUGGCGUCUACUGUCUUCCACUGCCACUGGCGCCUGGCCGUGGUGCCCGGUCCCUGGGCCUACUCGGGCCGCGUCGUCCUGCUCCCCAGAUCUCUGCCCUGGGGCGGCAUGUUCACCAUCAACGCCCAAGGGCGCCUGGGGAACCAGAUGGGGGAGUACGCCACCCUGUACGCCCUGGCCAAGAUGAACGGGCGGCCCGCCUUCAUCCCGGCCGAGAUGCACAGCGCGCUGGCGCCCAUCUUCCGGAUCAGCCUCCCCGUCCUGCACCACGCGGCGGCCGGCAGGAUCCCCUGGCGGAACUACCCCCUGAACGACUGGAUGGAGGACCGCCACCGCCACAUCCCGGGGGAGUACGUGCGCCUCACCGGCUACCCCUGCUCCUGGACCUUCUACCACCACGUGCGCGACGAGAUCCGGCGCGAGUUCACCCUGCACGACCACGUGCGGGCGGAGGCCCAGGCGUUUCUGCGGCGGCUGCGGGUGGGCGGGCGGCGGCCGGGCACCUUCGUGGGCGUCCACGUGCGCCGCGGCGACUACGUGCACGUCAUGCCCCGCGUGUGGAAGGGCGUGGUCGCCGACCGCGGGUACCUGGAGCGGGCCCUGGGCUGGUUCCGGGCCCGCCACCGCGCCCCGGUCUUCGUGGUCGCCAGCAACGGCAUGGCCUGGUGCCGCGAGAACAUCGACGCCUCCCGCGGCGACGUCGUGUUGGCCGGCAAUGGCCUUCAGGGCUCGCCGGCCAAGGAUUUCGCGUUGCUCACGCAGUGCAACCACAGCGUCAUCACCGUGGGCACGUUCGGGAUCUGGGCCGCCUACCUGGCGGGCGGGGACACCAUCUACCUGGCCAAUUUCACCCUCCCGCACUCCCCCUUCCGCUGGAUCUUUAAGCCCCAAGCCGCCUUCCUGCCGGAGUGGAUGGGCAUCGCUGCUGACCUUGGCCGGGCCAGAGAGAACAGCCCCUAGCCCGGCACGCGCCUCCCUGGCCCUCGGGCUGGCAGGCGGGCCCAGAAUCAGGCACCCACGGCCUGCCUCCCGGCUGCUCUGCUUCUGAGCUGGGCGACCUCGACCAAGUGACUUAACCUGUCUGUGCCUUUGCGGGCCACGUGCAAGAACAUAAUACAGGACUUCCCUCAGCGGCUCCUCGCAAGAACCCAGCAAGUCCAUUUAGUGCCUUGAAAGCACGCGGUGAGUGUUGGCGGCUAACGGGUGUGUGCGUGGCGUCCCCUGAACCGUUGUGCUGCUUUAAGACGGAAACAUAUUUUGAGCAUAAGCCCAGACUAUUUUGCCCCUGCCUCCUGAGAGGGUUUGGUUUGGUGAAGCCAUUCCUGCCCUCAAGUCAAAGGCAGCUAAGAAUUCGGGCUUUGGGUUUCCUGAGGCCUUAUCGUGUAAGGAUGUGAGGGAAGCCAGGAUCUGAGAGGGUAUAUCUCAGGGAGACGCCCUCGGUGGAGCAGAGAAGUCCCCGGAAAUGGGGGUGGACGUGGGGUGGGGGCCUCACAACGCUCCCAGGACUCAAAGCCACUCUGAGAAACCCCUGUGUGGACAAAAGUUGGAUGAAAUGAUCGUAAUACGGGUUUUCUGGUAUUCAGCAUGUUU